AUGUCCUCCGCCGACGCUCCAGACUCAGCCAUCGAGGCCCGCGCUGCCGAGAAGCUCAAGAGCAUUGCUCCCGCUCCUGAACCAAAGGACGAAUCCAAGGCCGGCGCAUCCUCAGGACUUGCUCAGCAGGCUCGCGCAUUUGCUGCCGGUGGUUUCGGUGGUCUUUGCGCUGUCGUUGUAGGCCAUCCUUUUGACCUUGUAAAGGUCCGCCUUCAAACCGCUGAGCGAGGCGUCUACUCCUCCGCUGUCGACGUUGUGCGCAAAAGUAUCGCCCGUGAUGGUCUGCGAAGAGGUCUCUACGCUGGCGUGAGCGCUCCUCUCGUUGGUGUUACCCCCAUGUUCGCCGUCUCUUUCUGGGGUUACGAUCUGGGCAAGCAAAUCGUCCGGGGCGCCAGUGAAGUCCCCGCUGAGGGUCUCACAAUCGCCCAGAUUUCGACUGCUGGCUUCAUCUCCGCCAUUCCCAUGACUGCCAUUACCGCCCCCUUCGAGCGCAUCAAGGUCAUUCUUCAGGUCCAAGGUCAGAAGCAACUCGCUCCCGGUGAGAAGCCCAAGUACAAUGGUGGUGUCGACGUCGUUCGCCAGCUCUACAAGGAGGGUGGCAUCCGCAGUGUCUUCCGCGGUAGCGCUGCUACUCUCGCCCGUGAUGGUCCUGGUUCUGCUGCCUACUUUGCCGCCUACGAAUAUAUCAAGCGCAAGAUGACACCUGUUGAUCCUCUUACUGGAAAGCCCAGCGGCCAGCUCAGCCUUACAGCUAUCACAUGUGCCGGAGCCGCCGCCGGAGUUGCUAUGUGGAUCCCCGUUUUCCCCGUCGACACGGUCAAGUCUCGUCUCCAGACCUCUGAGGGCAACGUCUCAGUUGGUAGCAUCGUUCGUGAGCUCUAUGGAAGGGGAGGUGUCAAGGCCUUCUUCCCCGGUUUCGGUCCUGCUCUGGCUCGUGCUGUGCCCGCCAACGCUGCUACUUUCCUGGGCGUUGAGCUGGCUCACCAGGCCAUGAACAAGGUGUUUGGCUAG